AUGCCUCUACCUCUAUGUGCUUCUCCUCAACAUAUGGAGCUCGAUACCGCCUAUGUUCAAAAAACAUUGGAUCUACCAACUAAGACUCAAGAGAUGCAUGCUGAUUUUGUCAUUGUCGGAGGUGGUACUGCUGGAAGCGUAAUUGCUGCCCGUUUAGCUGAAUAUGGUUACGAGACAUUAUUAUUGUCGAGCGGCUCAAACGAUACAACGAAUCCACUGAUGACACAACAAGAUUUGUUUGGUCAACUUUUUCAAACAUCUCGUUUUAAACAUAAUCUCUUUUCGGAACCAUCUUCAAAUUUGAAUAAUCGAACAAUGGAUGUUGUUGCAUGGAAUACGCUUGGUGGAAGUGGCAUUAAUGGUGGUGGUAUGGAACGAACAAUGACCGAUGAUUGGCAAUAUUUUGUCAAUGCGACAGAUGAUCAUUCAUUUGCAUAUGAAAACAUGUUAAAAUAUUAUAAAAAAGUCGAAAAUUUUACAACAUCGACUCCUAACUUUGAUUAUUCUAUUCAUGGUCGGAACGGGCCGAUAAAAAUCACAUUGGAGUACGAUAAUACAUUCAACAGCGUAUGGCAAAAUAUUACAGAAGAAAUGAAUGAAACGUUUAGUAGUGAGUUUACAAGAACAAACGAUUAUGGCUUCUCGUUUGAACCAACAGUAUUCACGAAUGGUCACAGAAGUUGGAGCGGUGAUGUCUAUUUGACUCCGGCUCAAUCGAAAUAUUCCAAUCUUAAAGUAAUCACUUCCGCAACUGUGAUUAAAUUUGACGUCAAUGAAGAAACUAAACAAAUAAAUGGUGUUCUAUUUGUAACAAAAGAUGGUUUCUUUGUUGCCAUAGCUAAAAAUGAAUAUAUUCUUUCUGCCGGUACAUUUUUCAGUCCUCACAUAUUGAUGAUAUCUGGUAUAGGUGAUCCAGAUAUUUUGAGUGAAAAGGGGAUACAUGUAAAACAUUCAUUAAAACAAGUUGGCAAAAACCUAGUGGAUAAUGGAAUAGUGAGUGUCGAGUACGAAACGAAAAAUUUUUCCAUCAACAAAUGCAUUCCAGUAGGCCAUAUUCGAGCAACAAAUGAAACACCAAAUAUAUUUUUUAUUUUAAAGAACAAUGAGAAAACAAAUCGGCUCUUUGUGAUAAUGUUUAAUCCAUCUCCAAAAUCAAUUGUUGGCUCUGUUUCGUUAUAUAAUUCAAAUCCACUUAUGUCUCCGAAAAUAAUUUUAAAUUAUUUUGAAAAUGAAGAAGAUAUGAUAACAUUCGUAGACGGUAUACGAUACAUUCGACAAAUUAUGUCAACUAAUGCAAUGAAACAGUUUGCUCAAUUCGAAGAAAUCCUACCAGGGUCAAAUGAUGAGGUAGAUUACAUCAAAAAUUCGUUUAUACCAGCAUCUCAUUUUCUCGGUACAUGUUCUAUAGGAAAAAAUGGUGACGAUUCGGUCGUUAAUAAUCAGUUUAAGGUACAUGGAAUUAAAAAUCUUCGUAUUGUUGACGCGUCAAUAUUUCCUGCCGGUUUCGCUUCGAAAACAGGACCUUGUUUGACUGUUUAUGCUCUAGCUGAAAAAGCAGCGGAUAUUUUACGACAAAAGUUUCCAAAAUAA